UGAGGGCUGCUGCUGCUGGCUGGAGGUAGGGGGAGGGGAGAGAAGAGGAGGAGAACAAGAAGGAGAGGGGUCUCGCCUCGUUUCCCCGGGGCUGGGAGAGUGGAACAUGGCGGUGGCGAGUGCUACAAGUGGCCGUCGGGACGCGCUGCAGUGAAGUGGCCGCGGUCUCGACGAUGCCCUUCUACAGCCGCGUGGUCGAGCCGCGCCACCUGGGUCGCCGCGCGGGAGACGAAGCGGCGCUUCCCCUUCGCCAUGGCGUGGAGCUGCGGGACGGAGCGAACCGGGGUCUGGUGGGGCUGCUGCGGCAACUGGGAGAGCUGAGCCGGCACGCCGAGGGGGUGCUGGCGGGGCUCGAGGAGGAGGCGAGCGCCGUGGGGGGCCGCGCGGGGCUCCUGGCGGCCCGCGUGCUCGCGCUCGGCACGGCCGUCGCCGUUCUGGAUGCCAAGCGGGUUCGAGUCCCUGUGUCAAGCCUGGAGGAGGGCGCCCGCCAGUGCGACCACUACCGCUCGUGGCGCGAGCUGCAGGAGCGAGUGCUGGCACCAGAGACGCGGCCACCCUGCGUGUGGGAGUUGCACCGUGAUGCGCGCUCCUCCCUGCGAGCCGCGCUCACAGAGUGCGACUGGUUGCAAGGAGACGGUCACCCAUCGUCCGACCUCUACUCGCAGGGCCCCACGUUCGCGAGUCUCCCCGGAGGCCGUGCUUCGACCGGGGAGGAUGGUGAGGGGGCCCAGGAGCAUGAUGACGCCGCUCACGGGGGGCUCCUUCCCACUCCGGAGGAGCGGAUGCGGCGCCUGGCGCAGAACUUCCCCCCGCACACGGUCGCCAUCGACGUGUCCGGCCUUGGGUUUGACCGCCAGGCCACGGUGCGCCGCUCAUACCUGGGUGGGGAUGGGACCCUGAAACGACGGCACAACAAAGCCGGCGCCUCCUCCUCUUCGUCGUCUGCGGUGGCGGUGAUGUCCUCACGCCGGAGGACCAUCUCUGGCUUCCCGGAGAGCCUGCAGCAAGACUUGGCCUCCGUGGGGAGCGAGCUGCGCUCCCAGCGCGGCCGCUCGCUCUACUUGCACAGCGCGGCCGACGUGGCAGCUGGAGGCAGCGGGGGCGGCGGAAAGCGAGACUCGCAGUGUCAGACGGACGGCGCCUGUGCGCGUGGUGGCGCCCUCCAUGCGCAGGAUCCGUGCCCAGCGGGGCCAUGGCAUCGCCGCGCUCAUGUGCCGCCCACCCGGUGCGGGGCCCGGUGACGACGGCGACGCCGAUUCCCUAG